GUGAUGGUGUUUAUUGCGACUUGAUUAUUGGAAAUAAUAUUAUACCUCCACUCCAAGCACUACUGACACCAGAUAUUUCACCACUGUUGCGACGUAAUAUUACAGGGAUUUUUUUAAACAUUUGUAUUAAUAUGCCUCCUCCAUUUGACGCUAUCAUGAUGGUCCUACCAAGUCUUGCUGAGCUGAUAAAUGACAAUGAUCAAGAAGUGGUCAGAGACUCUCUCUGCACUAUAUCAUGUCUGACUGAAGGCAGCAACAGGGAGCGUCAGGAAGUAGUAAAUGUGGGUAUUCUCCCACGCCUUUGUGAGCUUCUAAAGUGGAGAGAAGUUUCUAUUCUUCUACCAGCACUCAGUGCAGUUGGGAAUAUUAUAUGUCUAGAUGAUGAACAUGCUGAAACAGUAAUCAAUGUGGGUGCUCUUCAGACUUUGCUUAGACAUCCCGACAAUAGUAUUGUGGAGGAAGCUUGUUCGGUUAUCUUCAAUACUGCAGGUACGCCUACUCAAAUCCAAGCUCUUAUUGAUGAUGGACUUGUGGAUCUUGUCAUUGAUGUUCUUCGUAAGGAUGAUUAUGAAAGCCAAAAUAAAGCUAUCUGGGCUGUUAAAAGUGAAGCCAUCUGGGUCAUUAAAAGUAUCACAUCAGGUGGUACAAUAGAACAGAUUAUAUUUUUAAUCAAUGCUGGUGUCAUCCCACCUGUUUGUAACCUUCUUGUGGUUGAGGAUUCAAAAAUUCUAACUGUUGCUUUGGAUGCUUUAGCUAAUAUUCUAAAUGCUGCUAUCAAAAAUGGUACAACAAAAAGUGUCUGCUGCGAUUUAGAACAAUAUGGAGGCUUGGACAGGAUUAAAAAUUUAAUAAAACAUGAAGAAUCAGAAGUGUAUAAAUCAGCAUUUACGAUUAUAGGAAUGGCAUACUUUGCAGGAGAGAUACAUUAGCCACAACAAUCCUGUUUUAUUCAAGAAAGUAUUCAAUCGAGUACAGUUCUGAAAGAAAAGAGCACAGCAAUGUUGUUAUUCUGAUUUUGAAUGAAAUCAACGUAACAAUUUUGUUUUCCUUAAGUGACUCAUCAUCGCUUUUUGUAAAAUGUAAUAUUGAUAUAACACUUUGUAAUAUUGAAAUGAUAUGAUAAUUCUAAAUGAUUGAAUUAGAUGAAUGUAUUUGGCUAGUUUAAUAAAAUUUUUUCUGUCAUUGUUUAAAA